AUGAUGCAGACAGAGCCAUCUUCUCCAAGUUUCAGCGCCCACUCUUCCUUCCCCGUCCUUAUUCCCUCACAUCGCCGCGUAAACGAACAAAACGACGACGUUGACGUUAGCGAUGACUUCGAGUUCUCCUCCGUUUCCAGACACACCGACUCCUCUCCUGUCUCCGCCGACGACAUUUUCUUCAACGGCCAGAUCAUACCUAUCUACCCUCCCUUCCACCAAAACGACGCCUUCGUCGCUGACGCUUCCGUUACCACCCAAACGGCACCGCUCGGGGCUCGCCGUCGUCGUUUACCUCUCAGGACGCUGAUGUUCGAGGAGGAGGAGCGAGAGACGGUAAACAUCGACAGCAGCAACGAGCUCCACGGCGUGGCUGAGGGAACCUACUGCGUGUGGACCCCACCAUGCAAGAAGACAACCGCCUCGUCCACCAAGCGCUGGAAGAUUCGAGAUCUUCUGCUGCCUCGGAGACAUAGCAAGGUCGCGCCUAAGCAUUCCUCCGCCGCCGUCAACGGUGGCGCCAUCGCCAAAUUGGUUGGGUUUUUCACUAACGCCAAUGGACUUGCUCGGAAUUUGCAACCAUUUUCAAGUUAG